UGACGAUUCAAAAGAACUUGUAAAAGUCUAAUUGAAUAAAAAUAUUUUGAUUUUUUUUUUGAAUUUUGAAUAGCAUGCCAAAUUUCUUCCCGAUCUGUUCAGUAAUUUGAGCUGUGCGUUGAUAAAUAAGUCAGUCACCCUUUUAGGUAUAUAUUUAUUACAGCCGUUUAUGGUGUAUAUAAUGCACUUAUUUUUUUAUUAAUUAAAUAGUUAUGAUUAUUUAAUUUAAUUUAUAAUGUAUUACAUCUGAUUACGUAUAACCUGUGUAUCGAAACUGAAUUGUACAUAAUAUAAUCUUAAAACAAAUUAUAAUAAAUCCAGACUUUUGUUAGACAUGUGGUGUGGAUGUUAUUUUAUUUUUGUCGAUUCCAUCUCAAGGUUUGCCCCACAUUAGAAUCUUGUACAGUAGUGAAGCGGUCCCCUACGCCGCUACAACGUUUCGCUAUUAAGAAAUAUAUAAGCGGUCGCGAAUUAGGUACUAAAUCACUGCUCGACCACGCUAUAACUUUAUGAUAUCACAGUAUUAUAUUAACACUGAUAAGUGGUUUUUUUAAUAAUUUUGUGUGUGCUUAUCGUUAAGAUUUGUGGAAAAUUUGAGUUGCAAAAGGUGUUUGAAGUAAGCUAGCGAAAUUAUCUUGUAACUGAGAAUCAAUUUGUGCGGCGGCCGGCGGCGGGGCGGGCGGCAGCAGUCCACAGUCGCACGCGCGCCGCUCUGAGCGAUGUGGGCCAUUGUUCUGCUCAUCUUCUACGCCACAGGCAGUCAGCAAAUAUCCAUAACAGAAUUUUCAGUACCUGACGCUGUAGAGUCUGGACGAGACGUUCUUUUGCAAUGCGGAUAUGAGUUGAAUUCCAGUGAAACCGGGCAAGGAUUGACUGUAAAAUGGUGGUUCGCGCCAGUUAACGAAUCCGAUGAUAAUCCGAUCCAACUGUACCAAAGGAUAGGGGGUCAGUCGCCCGAGAAAACAAAAAUAGUAGAAAUUGAAAUAAAAGGGAAUGAUGAUAUCUUACUACAGAAUGUCACUCCAGAAAGUUCAGGCACAUACGAGUGUGAAGUUUCAACCAUAGAGGACGAAAAACGGCGACAUGACACUCUUAUUGUUUUCACAAAGGGCGAAAUGGUGCUGAACAUCACAGAGGUGGAAGACGGUCCUGACGAAGACGAUGAAAAGGAUAUACUGGUGACCUGUGUGGCGACAGAUGUGGCGCCACCUCCAGAUCUCGUCAUUACUGUGAACGACGAGGAGUUAAUCAGUAAUGAUACAAUAAUACGUGAAGGAAACAGCACAUUCGAUGUGACCACGACAGUGGAGCUAAGCAGAGAGCAGGCGCUCGGCGCGAACAUUGCCUGCGAACUCUACUUCCGAAACGCCAAUAUCACGCACGAGCAGUACAAAAUAUCAAAGACUUUCGAUGCGGUUUCCACAGAGCUGACCACGACGGAGGUCUUCGAAGACGCCACCACUACCGAAGCCUCCACCCCCGGCAAUAGAGUCAUCGGGACCGAGUCGAGUUUCCUUCUAGUCAUCUCUGUAAUUUUCAUUAAUGAUUUCGCUUUUUUAAACACUGUAAUUAAAUUUAUAUUAUUAAACUUUUAAAUGUUU